AUGCAUCCGCCGCCGCCCGCCGCCGCCGCGAUGGAUUUCAGUCAGAACAGCCUGUUCGGCUACAUGGAGGAUCUGCAGGAGCUCACCAUCAUCGAGAGGCCGGUCCGCCGGUGCCUCAAGACACCAGAGGAAAUAGAAAGAUUGACAGUUGAUGAAGACCUCAGUGAUAUUGAAAGAGCUGUUUAUCUGCUCAGUGCUGGUCAAGAUAUCCAAGGAACAAGUGUGAUUGCAAAUCUUCCAUUUUUGAUGCGGCAGAAUCCUGCUGAGACACUUCGGAGAGUUUUGCCAAAAGUUAGAGAAGUCCUGCAUGUUGCAGGAGUGGAAAUGCAGUUAACGGCCGCGGUAUCAUUUUUGACCAUUCUACAGGAAGAAUCAGUGUCAAUUCAUGCAUAUGCCCACUCCUUCCUCCAAGUCAUUCUACUGCAUCUGGAGCACAGGGAUGCAGGUGUCAGCAAUGCAUGGCUGGAAACUCUUCUGUCUGUGAUAGAAGUGUUGCCAAAAGAAACCCUAAGGCAUGAGAUUUUGAAUCCACUUGUUUCCAAGGCACAACUUUCCCAAACAGUCCAGUCUCGUUUAGUUAGUUGUAAAAUUUUAGGAAAAUUGACCAACAAAUUUGAUGCCCAUACUAUUACGAGAGAAAUACUUCCCUUGGUAAAAUCACUCUGUCAAGAUGUAGAAUAUGAAGUUCGAUCUUGUAUGUGUCGGCAAUUAGAAAAUAUAGCUCAGGGCAUUGGGACAGAACUUACAAAAAGCAUGGUGCUCCCUGAGUUAAUAGAACUCUCUAGGGAUGAAGGCAGCAGUGUGCGACUUGCAGCUUUUGAAACUUUGGUAAAUCUGCUUGACAUAUUUGAUACAGAUGACAGAAGUCAAACUAUACUUCCCUUAGUGAAAUCAUUUUGUGAAAAAUCUUUCAAAGCAGAUGAAUCAAUUCUUAUUUCUUUAUCUUUCUAUUUAGGAAAACUGUGCCAUGGACUAUAUGGAAUUUUUACUCCAGAUCAACACUUGAGAUUUUUGGAGUUUUAUAAGAAACUUUGUACAUUGGGUUUACAACAAGAAAAUGGACACAAUGAAAACCAGAUUCCCCCCCAAAUCCUAGAGCAGGAGAAGAAAUAUAUUUCAGUACGGAAGAACUGUGCUUAUAACUUUCCGGCCAUGAUUGUUUUUGUUGAUCCUAAAAACUUCCACAUGGAACUGUAUCCUACAUUCUUCUGCCUUUGUCAUGACCCUGAAGUACCUGUCAGAAACACUAUUGCUAUUUGCUUUUAUGAAGUGUCUAAACUUCUGAAUUCUGGAGUAUAUUUAAUACAUAAAGAAUUAAUUACAUUAUUACAAGAUGAAUCACUGGAGGUACUAGAUGCUCUUAUAGAUCAUCUUCCAGAAAUCUUGGAACUUAUGUCUACUGGCGGAGAAAGCAGUGUUCAAGAAAAUAAGUUGUCCUCACUACCUGAAUUGAUUCCAGCACUCACAGCCGCUGAACAGCGAGCUGCAGGCUCUUUGAAAUGGAGAACUCAUGAGAAGCUACUACAGAAAUAUGCUUGUCUGCCACAUGUCAUAUCAAGUGAUCAGAUUUAUUAUCGUUUCUUACAAAGAAUGUUCACGAUUGUGAUGACAAAUAAUGUCUUACCUGUCCAAAAGGCAGCUUCACGAACUCUAUGCAUCUUUCUACGUUAUAAUCGUAAACAAGAACAGAGACAUGAGGUCAUUCAAAAAUUAAUUGAACAACUGGGACAAGGAAAAAGUUAUUGGAAUAGACUUCGAUUUUUGGAUACCUGUGAAUUUAUUAUAGAGAUCUUUUCCAAAUCAUUUUUCUGUAAAUAUUUCUUUCUACCUGCUAUUGAACUGACACAUGAUCCAGUAGCAAAUGUGAGAAUGAAACUUUGCUACCUAUUGCCCAAGGUGAAAUCUACCCUGAAGAUUCCUGCAGAUAAGCAUCUACUUCAGCAGUUAGAAAUGUGUGUGAGAAAACUCCUAUGUCAAGAAAAAGAUAAAGAUGUUCUGGCUAUUGUAAAAAGGACUGUAUUAGAGUUGGACAGAAUGGAAAUGUCUAUGGAUGCUUUUCAGAAAAAGUUUUAUGAAAAAGAUCUGUUGGAUCAAGAGAAAGAAAGAGAAGAACUACUUCUUUUGGAAAUGGAACAAUUAGAGAAAGAGAAGCAACAGAAUGAUGGAAGACCCAUGAGUGAUAAAAUCUUUGAAAAGAAACGUAGAGACACUAAGACACCUACGCAGAGUCUGCCCAAGAACAUUCCCAUUUCUGUUCCUGGACCUUCUUCUGUCACCCCAUCAACAAGCAAAGAAAUCAAGAAAUCUAAACUGAUUCGAAGCCAGUCUUUUAAUAAUCAAGCUUUUCAUGCAAAAUAUGGCAACUUAGAGAAGUGUGCUAGUAAAAGUUCUACAGCAGGAUAUUCACCUUCUACCUCAGGGUUAGCAAAGACUUCUGUGCUUUCACUAACUGAUGACUCAUUCCGGACUCGUAAUGCCAGUAGUGUUACAAGUUCCUAUUCUAAUAGCCCCUUACCAAGUACCUCCCGUGGAACAGGUAACUCAGUUGAUCCGAAGAGCAGUGGAAGUAAAGAUACACAACCACGGAAGGCUACCUUAAAAUCCAGAAAAUCCAAUCCUUAA